GCGGCCGCUGGAGGAGCCCCGAAUAUGGGCCCCGACUUCAACGCCAUGCUCCAGCGCUCCAUGCAGGCGCCCGGCCAACUGCAGCCGCAAAUCUCAGAGCUUCCUCGGGGCCCAUCGCCAGGCAUGGGCUACGAGGGCGUAUACAGUGCCACACCUCCGCCCCAACAACACGGCCCCAAUGUGCUCGGCGGCGCGCGAGGCCUCGCCCCGCAGCCCAUAUUGCCCGUCGAUCUCCCCCCGCAAGCGUUCCUGACGUCGGCGAUGCUGCUGGAUAUGGUGGACAAGAAGGUUGACGUUCUCCUCCGCGACGAGAAAGAGUACAUUGGCAUUCUCCGUUCGUACGACCAAUUCGCCAACCUCGUCCUCACAGAAUGCUACGAGCGGAUAGCAGCACGCAACCCCGACGCGACCCCGUCCUCCGACCCUUCGAUGCCCCGAUGGCUGAUAAACGACGUCAAACUCCCCGGCGUCAUGACUGUGCGAGGCGAGAAUGUGACCAUAUGCGCGACUGUCGAUCUCGACCGGGAAGAAUAUCCGAGGGGCGCAAAAUUCGCCGAGGAAGACCAGGUCAGGGCCCUGGCGGCGGCACAAAAAGCUGAGAAGAGGGAAGUCGAUUCGCGGAGAGCCAAAGCGCUCAAGCAAGCUGGCAUUGAGCCUGGGUUUGGUAUGCAAGCAUAGUCAACAAGGUCACGUCUUGUACACAUAACAUGAGAAAAGAAAAACGGGCAGACACUAUGGAUAUGGGUUAUGAAACGGAUGGUGUAUGGUUAGGGAGGGAAUCAUUACGAGUCCUUGAUAGCUACGUU